AUGCCGCUCCGCGUUGUUUGCAGUCAGGUGCAGAUUCCCGUUGUGCUUGCCGACCACGCCAAGGACAUUCGUCAACGGUUUGCUCCAGUGUUUCAAGACGGCCUGGGUCGUUGUACAUACACUCAAGCUCUGUUGCAUCUGUCUCCUGGAAGUCAAGCCGUCUUCCUUCCAAAGCGACCCGCGCCAUAUGCAGCCUUACCACUUGUCGAGGCUGAACUGAAGCGUCUGGAGGAACUGGGAGUUCUAGAUUCUGUAUCCUACUCCGAUUGGGCCUCUCCAAUCGUUGGGGCUAAGAAGCCCAAUGAUCCGAUCCGGAUUUGUGCUGGCUCCUCCACCGGUCUUAUUGCCGCGCUAACGCCGAACUGCUGUCCACUGCCAGUUCCGGCUGAUCAGUUCAACCUGCUGAAUGGUGGCACUUGCUUUGCAAAGUUGGAUCUCGUUGCAGAUCGAGGUCGCCCAGAGUCGCGUGAAUUGUUGACCAUCAACACCCACCGCGAUCUGUUCCAAUAUACCAGGCUACCCUUUGGCGUCAAGACCGCCCCGGCCCUAGUCUAA